CCACACCGAUCGGUCCACGUAUCAGUAUAAGUGCCGCAGCUAAUAGCUGCCAUUUCGGUCAACUACCCGCAGGCCGGAUUACGCGAACGCACGAUUCCGUAAAAGGACUACAAUUGCAACCGUCGAAGGUACUUGGCGUACCGGUGAUGUAUAAUUAGCCGCACAGAUGAUAGGUUUACUACAACUCGGAGUGUGAUUUGCAAAGUGCAGUGAUUUACUGUGGCACUCUGCUGCUGCUGCUGGCUACUUAACUCGAACACAUCUCGAAGUGGGUGGUAUUCAAGUGCAUGGUAACCGAAACCACAUGGCGUGAGACUCGUGGUGGCAGCCACAGCCGCGCUAAACUGUACUCUUAUGCGCCAUCAUGUGCACCUUAGCGGAGGCGCUAAACUCACUUGGUAAGAGUGCAGUUCCUCGUGCUUCACGAUAGGCUUUCGGGAGCGAAUAACAGCAGAACGGCGGUACCUGCUUUAAGUGCUGCCUAAAGUCGUGGCAGAGCAGUGAAUGAAGUGCCCUAUUACUUAACCGUAAAUUACCAAUCUGGAAUCGGCGUAAUUCAGCUGGAAAAGCAAAUCGCAGAAACAACAGUAAACGUUGAAUUAAGCACAGUUUUUUGCUUGAUAUAGUGUAUUAUAGUUAGAAGAAACCUCUGGUGGAAGUGAAAAAAGUCCAUCGGUUCAUUGAUUAAUUGCUCAAUCGGAAGCGAACGUGUUUAACUGUGAGCGGUUUCAGUGUUGCGUACUGGAUAACAGUUUCGUCGAAAAAAAACAGCUGUGCAUUUAAGCAAGGGAUUAGCAGCUCCCUUGUUUUGGAUUCUUUAUCCGGUGACGUAGACAAACAGGGAGAACGAAAAGGCCAAAAUGGUACUGUGCGACAGUGAUUUAGAUGUAACAGGCAUCUCGCAAAAGUGGAACAAACUUCGUCGACGAUGUGCUUCGUUCAAGACAGUCUCCGGCCCAGCGUCACUCGAUUCGGACACCAAUUAUAUACUGGCCGAACAUCCGGGCCAUUAUCAGAUUAUCGCGUCCGGUCCGGUGCCGGUACAGGUUCACCAGGUGCAACAGGCUCACCACCAGCACCAUCAUCACAAUCACGGCGAGCAUCGGCAUCAUCACCAUCAUCAUCAUCACCACCAUCACCGCCAAAACGGCGGCGCUCACGAACAAUUGUUAGCAGAUCAACCACUCUACGGACAACUGCCAGACCCGAACUGGGAGCUGCGACAUUCAAGUUCAAGUUCAACAUCUACGUCUUCCUCUACGAUAGGUCCAAUUCAGUUCCCAGUUUACGCUUCCGAGGAAUAUUGGCAAAUUCACGAGCGUGAUGUAAAAUUAUGGCGUCUUGGUGCUCAUCAAACAUACGCCCAUAGAAUCCGAGCUACACCGAAUCAUCGCCGUAGUGCGCACAGCAUCGACUGGGAAUACAACGUGCAGAAGUACGAAAAUAUGGCUGAUCCGGCACAGAUGGCUGCCGCUCGGCUUUUUCGCCACGAAAAACUUCAGUACUACGAUGAAGUGUCCAGUGUUAAGAAGAAAAAUUCUCUCGGUGCUAGUGAAAGUGAAAGUGGAAUCAAAGUAGCCAAAGAGAUCAAACUGCCUAGUCUAAAGAACUUCAAGUCCGCGUCGAUGCGACUUCCCGGUCAGAAAACGUCCAUGAACGAGGUUCAGCAGCUGCUCCGAAGCAAAUUUAACAGGAUACAUGCAGGUCUGCGGAAGCGGCGAGCUCUUUCGGUUCAGGAGGUAUUUCAAAUGCCCGGGCUGGCAACUCCCACAAAACCUACGUUCUACGUCCCCUCGCCGCUUGUCAGCGAACGGUGUCCCCACAACCCACUGCGAUACGAGGAAGAGACAAAUGAAGAAGUUGACGGACCACUCAGUUUACCAUUCAUAAACGAAAACCUCGCAGCAGUGGAUCAGCCCCAGGUUCAGCUUCGAGAUCGAUCACUAAGCCCUCGGAAGGAACGUACCAAAACCUGGUUUCGCAAUAUUGAUUUGAACACUCCCGACUGCAAACCCAAGAAGGACCUUCCGACAGUCAGCCAACAUGGUAAGCCUCCGGCCAGCAUUCCCGUUACCGAAACAGAUCAAAAUGUCCAACCCAAAGAGAAGCAGGAAAAACCAAACUUUGCGAUCGGUGGACGUGUUUCACUGCGCGAACGUGUCGAGAACAUGAACCUCAAUCGUCUUCGCUCCAAAACCUCCAACACCAAUGCAGCUAGUCCACAACCAAAAAAACCAAGCGAACCGCGUAAAAUCCGUCCCCGUAGCCAUUCUCCGCUGAAGAACAUCAAGAUUAACCUUUCUGGCCUUGGUAUGCGCGGAAACGAACCGCAAGCAACGCCAAAACCUAAACGUGAAUCAUUUGGCCUAUUUGGCCGCCUGAACCGCAUGAUGCACGGCAACGGUAGUCCGUCACCGGAAAAGCCGAACGGCCAAUCGGCGAGCGCAACCACCAAAAAAGGCGAUGCUGCAACUGGUACACCCGUGCAGCAGCGACCGAAGGCUGGCGUCAACGGUGCCGUUAGCUACAGCGGCAAUGUUAGUAAACAAUCGACCAUCCAGAAGCUGACGAAACUCAGCAGCAACGGGAAUCGACGGGACGGGGCCCCGUCCUCCGGUCAGACCAAGGCGGAAGCACCGACAGCAGCGGCGGCGGCGGUGGCUGAACGUGAGCGGAAAUCCAAACAGGGUUGGGCGUAGCGUAGUUGGUAAAUCGAUUGCCUUGCACGCAGCGCACCUGGAUUCGAGUCCCGACCCCGCACAUAGGUUUAAAAAAAUUUCAUGAGAGAUUUUUUAAACCCGAAGAGGCGAAU